AUGGCGAAGAUCAGGGUGGCUUACGAGUACACGGAAGCGGAGGACAAAAGCAUCCGGCUGGGCUUGUUCCUCAUCAUCUCGGGCAUCGUGUCUCUCUUCAUCUUCGGCUUCUGCUGGCUCAGUCCCGCCCUGCAGGACCUGCAAGCGAAGGCGGCCAAUUGCACGGUGCUGUCGGUGCAGCAAAUUGCCGAGGUGUUCGAGUGCACCUUCACCUGUGGCGCCGACUGCCGCGGCACCUCGCAGUACCCCUGUGUCCAAGUCUAUGUCAACAACUCCGAAUCCCACUCUCGGGCGCUGUUGCACCGCGACGAGCACCAGCUGUUAACCAACCCCAAGUGCUCAUAUAUCCCUCCCUGUGAAAGAGAAAAUCAGAAGAAUUUGGAAAGUGUCAUGAGUUGGCAACAGUACUGGGAAGAUGAAAUUGGUUCUCAGCCAUUCACUUGCUAUUUUAAUCAGUAUCAGAGGCCUGAUGACGUGCUUCUGAAGCGCACCCAUGACGAGAUCGUCUUGCUGCACUGCUUCCUCUGGCCCCUGGUCACCUUCCUGGUGGGAGUCCUUAUCGUGGUGCUGACCAUCUGUGCCAAGAGUCUGGCCGUCAAAGCUGAAGCCAUGAAAAAGCGCAAGUUCUCCUAGAGGCCACGCCCCCGAGGAAGAAGCCAAAAGUCAGCAGGACAUGAGGGGAAACGUGACCGAGGCCGCUCUUUCAGGUCCCCUCCUCAGCCCCCGCAAAGCAUCCUGGGAAACGUAGGUGUGGCCUGCGGCUGGGCAAGGACUCCUGCGGGAAGGGUGCGGGAGUUCUCUCUUGUCCUCCAGGGCGGCGGCAACGAGCAGCAGAAAGCCGCAGCGUGGCCCAUGUUGUAGUAGACAUUUCCAAGCAAUGGCUCCUUGUUAAGCUCUUAGCUUUGUGGAAUGACCAUUUCAGAAAAUCGUGUAGAUUUCCUUUUAUUUGAAAACAAACAUUCUGCCAGUCAGUAUGAUGUAGAAUG